UUAGUCCGUGGAGGGUACAUAACAUUCCCAUUCAUCGAUUUUAGUUAAUUACCAAUGACUUAUUUUAUAUUAAUGUCGAAAUUCUUGAUGUUCAAACAACACGAUAAUUAAUUCUAAAACAUAAGAUUAAUUUAACUAUUUUAGUGUCGGAAAUAGUCGUGAUAUGGCAGGGAAACCUAUAUUUGAAAAAAGACUUCUACGAGAAUAUCAACGACUGGUCACAAAUCCUAUUCCAGGAAUGUCUGUAGAUGCACAAGCUGAACAAAAUUUUAAAAUUUGGAUUAUAAAUAUGCAAGGCGCUGAAGGUACUUUAUAUGAUGGAGAACAGUUCCAGUUACAGUUCAAAUUUAAUAAACGAUAUCCUAUUGAGUCGCCUGAAGUUACAUUUGUAGGCCAAAACAUUCCAGUUCAUCCACAUGUGUAUAGUAAUGGACAUAUAUGUUUAUCUAUUCUUACUAUUGACUGGACACCUGCAUUAACGGUUCAAUCUGUCUGUCUUUCAAUUAUUUCUAUGCUAAGCAGCUGCAAAGAAAAGAAAAGACCUGAAGGUGAUAGCAUAUACGUAACAACUUGCAGUAAAAAUCCAAAAGAGACAGACUGGUUGUAUCAUGAUGACAAUGUUUGAAGUACCUAUUGAAUAUCAAUUCUAUUAUUUAUUCACAAGCUGUAAUAUAUUCUCAUUUAGUAUGAAAAUUGUGACUUCAUGUUAUACCUCAUUCUAACACGGUCAUUAAUUAUUGUACCCAAAUUUUUUUUAAAUGUAGAUUUGUUAAUUAUAAAUACCUUAAUAUUAAUUACCUUUUGAUUUAUAUGCUCGCUUACUAAUAUGUAUAACAUAAUGUACAAUUUUUUUAAGUGGAGUAGUACCUAUAUAGCAGUGUUUCUCAACCAGUAGAUUACCACCUAAAGUUAAAAAUCUCUAUAUAAAUAAAUAUAUCAUGUCCAAAUUCUCAACAAAACCAUAAAGAAU